AUGAAUAAUUCACUCCCUGGCACGGAAUCACAUAAUUCAAGCUCGAAGACUUUACAAGAUCCGUUCUACUCUGUUCUUAUGGCUAAUGCUAUCCUCAAUAUUUGUCUCUGUUAUCCAACCAUUAUGAUGAACAUUCUAGCAAUUCAAGCUUUGAGAAAAACGCCUUCGCUGUCAAAAAAUUUAAAAACAUUGCUUUUAAAUCUUGCUGUUUCUGAUCUUAGUGUUGGCGUACUGGGUCAACCGCUGUAUAUCGUUCGGCGAGUGGGCCAACUACACGGCAACUUGCAUAAACUGCGUACUUCCUUUUCCAUUGUUGCCAAUGUCCUCUUUCUAUCGUCUUUUUGUGGUGUAACGGCCGCGAGUGCAGACAGAUUCGUUUCCAUUUGGAAGCCUCUGCGUUAUCCCCAACUGGUGACUCACGAACGAGUGGUUAUCACGGUCAUUGCAAUAUGGCUUUUAAGUGCAUUUCUUGGACUUGCGAAUGUGUUCCUUCUCACAGAGAAGAUGUCUUUUGUGAUAUUUUUCAUAAUCGAAUUAUUUUGCUUCGUUUCCACCACAUGGUUUACUUUAAAGGUUUAUUUAACGAUCAGACGUCAAAACUUACAAAUUCAGGCUAGAGCACAUUCAGCUCAAAAUAGCCAUAUCAUGAUAAAAGAUGCCACGCUUAACAAAUCUGCUCAAAGCACAUACUGGAUUCACUUUGCAUUUUGGGUAUGUUAUUUUCCCCAGUUUUUUGUCAGCUGUUUACGUCAGUUUAUAACGCAUCCACAUCAACAACAUACUUUCAUGAUGAUACUCGUGUCUUCAUGGACACUGGUCCUAAUGAACUCUGCGCUCAAUCCAAUAAUUUACUGUUGGAAGAUGAGAAGUAUUCGGCGAACCAUGAUAGACAUUCUUCAAAGUAUAAUUCGAAGGAUCAGGUUGGGAUUACCAUUUUGAAGGCAACUAAAAAAUGACGUUGAAGUGAUUCAUACUGCUGAGAACCUUUCGUGAAAAACAAAGAGAAGAGUAUACACAGUGAGAACUUGUGUUCACCUGGGAAUCAUUUUAUUUAACCUUAACAAAUUUAUGACUAAGUUUUAACUUGGAGAUCAGAGAUAAUCAAACAGCGGAUGCUUUGGAGGGCCACCCAGCCGAGGCAGGACCGCCACCGACCACUGCCCUGCUCCGAUGAGAUCGAUGUCUUGGCAGGAAGGAUGCCCUGGAUUAGGUCAACUAACAACUGAUAUGUGACCCCCCGAUCCUUCCUUCAACCUCCCUCUCCAUUGGAAAAGAUCAGGAUACCCAAAGGAGCGCCUCAGUGAGCCUCUGCUUUUGCAAUCUAUCGUAUAUGGAAACAUACGUGAUUUCCGUAGUUAUUAGGCCAAAACAGCUGUGGUAACGGCAUUUCUGACGCUUAUCUGUUCUUUCCAGAACGACCCUGUAAUAUGCAUUAAAGACAUAGUAAUGUAAUAAGUAGCAGCCGCAUACACUGAGUAGGAGGGAAUCGAGGAUGGCAUGUAGCAGUGGGGGAGAAGUUUUGAAUUUUUCCCGCUCCCAGAAAGCAGCAGAGAACGGAAUUGAUUUCAAAGGACCUCCAUGGCCUCCACUUCGACCUGUGUGCCACACGUGACUGCAUCAUAGUUACAUAGAUAUUUACAUUAAGGUUCAACUAAACAUUGUAAACUGUAAUCUCUUGGAUUUGAACAGAACAGGUUU